UUUUGAUUGACCGAUUGAAAUUACCCUUUGUCACCCUAAAGAAUGCUGCCUAUGACUUCUGUAGAAGACUGAUGUUACAAGAAGUAGGAUUUUUUGCUCGUUUAUAUGCAACAGGAAAUCCCACGACCUACGUGCUGAAUCUUUACUGCUUCCCACUCCAUCUUAGAGAACAAGUGCAAACUCCUCUAUCUCCAGAUCUUCGCCGCGUUUGUGCUCAAGGGGGAGGAAACUCGCUGAAGCCACUGUGUAAAGAAGAUUGGAUGUCUGUGUCUCUUUCCGAAGCAUUUACUUUGAUGCAAGAAGUAAAUCUAGACAACUUCUUGAAGUUUCUCGGAACUGAUCAUUUUGUACGAAGUUUGCGUGUAUCCAUUAGCGACCUUAGUAACCUGCAAGUAGAGUUGUACAUGGAGAAGCAAUCUCAUAGGGACAAAUUAUGCACGCUGAAUUUUACUCCGACCCUUCCAGAUCAGACCUCUUCUCCUAGGAACUUGCCUUCUACAGCACAGGUAGUCAUGCCUGAGCAAGAGGAAGAUCAGGUUGCGCUGGAAUUCAGCACAGCUUUCCCCUCACCGAAAGCACUGGAAGAAACAGAUUCAAGUAUUUCCUCAGAAAAAGUUUUGAAUGUUACAAUCUUAGCAGACGAGUGGAAUUCACUGAAAGGUGGAUUAUCGACGUUUAACAGAGAACUUGCCAUUCAUUUAGCAAGCUGUUCCGACACUAAACUCACUGUAUUUGUUCCUCACGGUGCAUGUGGAGAGGAAGAAAAAGCAAAAGCUGAAAAAGAAAAAGUUAGUAUUAUUGAGGCAGAGGAACUCAUCUCGAGCAGCCCCCACGAAGAAUUGUUCUUUCCACCGGAAGACCUUAAAAUUGAUGUAGUAAUUGGUCAUGGCGUGAAGCUUGGUCGACAGGCUCAGAAUAUUAGACGAUCUAAGAAGUGCAUGUGGGUUCAAGUAGUGCAUACUGCUCCGGCUGAACUCGGUAUGCACAAGCGCUAUUCGAAUGCUGUCACACAAAGCGGAGUAAAGAACAAGCGUGAGGUUGAUCUAUGCAAAAUAGCUGACCUUGUCAUGGCAGUUGGGCCUAAAUUGAAAGGUUUCUACUCAAAUCAACUACGCUCUUUCGAAAAAGAGCAGGAUGUUGUGGAAUUUACACCGGGAAUUAUGAGAGAGUUAAAUGGUGUGGAGCUGUCGCCAUACGAGAACCACGAGUUUCAGGUCCUGAUGUUUGGGCGUGGUGAUGACGAAGACUUCGAGCUAAAAGGCUACGAUAUUGCCGCUGGGGCAUUUGCAAGUCAUGAGCUGAAAAACGACUCCUAUCAUCUCACAUUCGUUGGAGCGGCCCCAGGAAAAGAAGACGAAUUUGCAAAGAAGAUUCUUAAACAUGAAAUGUCUAAAAACCAGCUGUCUGUCGAAGAAUAUAUCAAAGAUAGAGAUCGAUUAAAAGAGCUGCUUCUUCGUAUGGAUCUGGUUAUCAUGCCUUCAAGAACAGAGGGAUUUGGACUCACGGCUCUGGAAGCCUUAUCCGCUGGUUUGCCUGUCCUUGCUGGCCAUAACUCAGGCUUUUCAAAAGCGUUGCAGAAGGUAGAAUUUGGAGAACUCUGUGUAGUUAACUCCGAUAAACCCGAAGACUGGUCAAAGGCGAUCAAGAAGGUCCGUCAAAAGGAGAGAAAAAAGCGGCUAGACGAGAUGCAACAACUGCGGAAAUCUUAUGGACAGAAGUACAACUGGGCAGAACAAUGCGAGAUUCUUGUAAAGGAGAUGAGGAGAAAAGUUUUUGAACUUCAGAACAUCGACAAUAAACCUACGAAGACACCGUGAGAAGUAAACACUAUGGUGAUUCAACUCAGGAUUUUUUACUACUGAAGAAACUUGACAAUUAAAGUCUUUUUAAAAUUUUUUAUUUCAUUGUAUUAGCCAGGAAAACAUUUACCCAAAUUAGGCUUUGUAAGAUCACCAGAUUAGAUGUACAUAUUUUAGUUUUUAUAUAAAUUUCUCAGUAGUUGUUAAAAGACAAAAUUGGCAUCUAACAAGAAUUUUCCUUAUAGGUGUUUUUUGACUUAUUUCAACGUGGAAAAUGAAUGGAAAUAAUAUAUUAGCACAAGCCAUUCAGUAAAAAUUAUAAUAAGCCAGUCAAUCAUUUCCUAUUUCUUUUGGCGGUCUCAUCUUACAGGUAUAAUUUAGCACGCUCGACACCUCUUUUUCUUAGAGGUGUCUUAAGGUGUAAACAUGUAGCACUUUUCAUCUUCCGCACUGAAUUUAUAAUCAAGUAAUUUAUACGAAUAGCACGUUGCUCUUUUAGGGCCGGUACCUUGGGUACGCCCUUUCUUCUCCGAAUUUUCUGUUUAUUCUGUCGUUAUGUAACAGUCCUAAAGGGCUAUGUUCUCUCAGGAUAUGUCUCCAACUUUGAUUUUACUUCUGUUAGUAAGUUUAUUAUAAUUUUUAUAUUACCAAUCUUGUUUUUCUUUCGCCCGACCUUGACCGUAAGAUUAAGAAAUUUAAGGUAGAAAGUCAUUUUUUAAAGCACAGGCAUCGCGAAGGUACCUACUUAGUAUGCGAACUCCGCUCUGCAUAGCUUAGCGAGAUUCGCUAGUUAAGUGUAAAAGCAUGACGAAGGUUAGAGAUCGACAGCUCAGUAAGCGUCACCUUUAUAAGCAGUGACCCAUACUUUCCUUGUUAGAUCAGAGCUAGUCUCCUUUGUAUUAUCUUGCGUAGAAAAAGAGUGAAUAAAGACACGGACAAUC